AUGAAAAUAAAAAAUGAAGAAAAGGCAAGUGGCAUUUCGCCCACAAGAUCAGAAGUAGAAGAGGCACUUGAAUAUCUCAUUGAGAAAGAGGAUGCUUGUGACGAAAUCCACCAAAACAACAUGAAUAGGAAAGAUGACAUGGCAGAGAGGGAAAAGGCAAAAGAGGUAAGGAAGCUGGCCAUGGAGAGUCUGGGGACCACAAAGAGAAGGAAAGAGGAUGAAAAAGAAAAUUCUGUGGACUGCAAACAACCCAAAAGAAAACGCUCUGCUGUAAGUGAGACCGUGGCCUACCUGCUGGAAAAGAGCGAAAAAGAAAGACAGGGGAGGGCAGAAGAGAUUGAGCUAAGGAAGGCUCAGUUGGAGCUUGAACAAAAAAAAAAACACAAUGAUGUUUUGCAAGUGUUGCAACAGCAACAACAG